AUGGAAACUCCAUUUUCACCACCGGUCCUUUAUUUAACCGAUGAUGAUAAUGAUGAUGAUGAUAAUCUGACAGAACAACAUAUGUUUUACGGUAGCUCAUUGAAAAAUACAAUCAAUGAAAAUCUACCUCAUAAAAAACGAAAAUUAGCAACUUCAAAUGUUCAAAUGAAUUCAUCAAUGUUUCACUGGUCUAAACGACAGCGAAAUGACAAUUACCUACUGCAACAACAACAAGCAGCUAGAAAUUUCUUUAAUCACGAACCAGAAACAAUAGUUAUUGAUUCAGAUGAAUCUAUAGUUGAAACUGAAGAAUCUCAUUCGUUUGUUGCAUUUGAUUGGACUAAUGACACACGCGCUGCUCCUAAAACAUAUUCAAACCCCAUGCAACCGACACCUCGACUAGCUAUUCCACCACAAAAUACUGUGAUGAAUAUUUCGAAACAUCAUAUAGAUCAACCAGAUACGCAUCCAUUGAUGCCAAUAAUUCAUCAAAACGACAGGUAUAUACCAUCGGCACGAAAUAAAUCAAUUACUUUUCCGAUACCAUUAACUUCAUCACCACCAUUACCAUUACCUUUACCUACAUCAACAUCAGCAUUUACUCGACCUUCUGUACAACGUUUUCCAGCAACAAAGACUAUUCGAAUUCCUUAUGCACAUUCCCCAUCAGUACCACCCGUAGUAGUUCAUCACCGAACAGAACCCAUAUUUUCACCAGCAUUUCAUCUAUCUUCAUCAGUUCCAAUAAUAAAUGCACCAACAACAACAGAAAUUCAUCGUCAAGCAAUUAAUGACAAUGCUGUUUUAUCAGCAUUUUAUGAUUCAAAAUGCUAUCGAUGUAAUAUUUGUCGAUUUAAAACUAUCACUAGUUCUAUUCUUCUUCAACAUCUUUUUACACAUAUAUUUUUUUGUCGUCAAUGCUCAUUUUAUACCUAUUCACAACACGGUUUAUAUCAACAUAUAUUCGAAAAGCAUACUUUGAAUUUUCAUAAUGAUACUAUUGAUCCAAAAAAUUUAGAUUUACUCUAUGUAACACGUUGUCAAGACGGUACCUUUGCUUUAUGUAUGGAUUCAUCAGCAUCCAAAACACUAAUUUCUACAUCAUCAAUCCUAGCAAAUCAUGAUGAACAAUAUAACAAUUCAACAGCAGCUGCAGCAGCAGUAGCAACGACAACAACAGUUAAUAGUAAAAAUCCAAAACGUAAACCUCUAAAGAAAAAAGAGUCUAAACCAAAAAAGAAAGAACAUAAUGAUAUUGUAAUUUUAUCAGAAAAAAUGGAUGUGAAUUCUCAACCAUCGACAUCAACAUCAAUAACAAAACAUUCAACAUCUAUAGAAAAACAAGCACAUAGAUAUGUUGUAAUGAAACAUCGUCGUUAUUUUUCAAUGAGACAUUCUCUAUGUUUACAUUCAUUAACAUUAGAAUAUAAUAUAUGUCGAGAAUAUACUGUUCGCCGUAUAUGUAAAACACAAGGAGCUGUAAAAGGACGAAAAAUUAAAUCAAAACUAAAAUUAUUAACAUUCAUCGAUGAUAUCGCAAAUUGUUUGAAAAUAAUUAUAAAUGAUAUUGUCGAUAUGGAAGAUAACAGAGAUUCCCAUGGUUUAAUAUGUAAACUACCAAGCAAUAUUAUCAAUUUGAUAUUUCCGACUGCUGACCUUAAUAGAAUAACACGUCAAUUGAAAUUAAACAAUAAAUAUGAUAUAACUCUUAAACAAAACGAACAAUAUGAUUCUGAAAAUCCCAUACGUACAAAUAAUCAACAAUUUUUCCUCUUGUCUGCAUUGGAAACAUUUCAAAGUGAACAAUCGAUUAUUACUUCAUUGCAUACACCAAUAACGAAUAGUGAUUCAGAUGUGCUAAAGACACCACUCCAUUCAUUACCAAUAUCACAUGAUAAUACAGCUCGAUUUUUAAAAGGAACUACAAAACCACUACCACCAACGCCUAAUCCGACUUCAAAACUAUCAUCAAACCCUGAAUCGAAUCAUAUUGUUGUGAGACAAUCAUCUCAACAUUCGAAUUCUUCAUCGACAUCACCAAUAAUUGAUAGAAAUAACAAUUCCGUGGCAUCGCCAAAAGCAAAAGUAUCUUCGAUACCGAGUGUUAUUGUUCUCGACUAA